AUGAAUUCAAAUCAAGUAUUUGUAUUGACAAUAAUAGGAAAAGGAGAUAUACCAAUAUAUGAAGCAGAUUUAUCUAUAAAUGGAAAAAAAGAUAUAUCAGAACAUUUAUCUCAAUUUAUUAUUCAUCAAUCAUUAGAUUCAGUAGAUGAAUUAGUUUGGAGAAAUAAUAAUAUGUUUUUAAAAACCGUAGAUUCUUUUAACAAUUAUAGUGUAUCUGCUUAUUGCACACCUGGGCAUAUAAAAUUAUUAUUAUUAUAUAAAAAUAAAAAUGAAUUAAAUAAUUCUAUAAAUGCAAAUAUACAUGUACCUUCUGAUGAUAAUAUUAAAUCAUUUUUUGAACUUGUUCAUGAAAAUUAUAUAAAAGUUUUAUUAAAUCCAUUAUAUGAACCAAAUGGAAUUAUAACAAGUUCAUUGUUUGAUCAAAACGUUCAUUUAGCAGCUAAAAAUUUUUUACACCAAUAA